AUAUACCCAGUAAACAUAACUGAGAAUUUUUAGUUGUAAACUAAACUACUUCAGUUGUUGCGUUAAAUUGAUUGGACCACAGUAAGUCAAAUUCAGUUCAAUCUGCCGGCUGUCUGAUAUCUGAUUGGUUCAGCUCCUUACACGUGACUCUACAGGAGGCGGUUUGUAUAAUCAACACAGUGUUGUGUUGUGAAAUCUUGCACCGUUUCUGUUUUAUAUAUUUCUUCACGGUUUCCAUUUCUGUGACGUGACUGGACUUCAGCACCCUGUCAGCUCAGGUCAUCCACCAUCUGUCAUACAUACAUCAGAAAUAUGAACGUGUUACUGACCAGCUUAGAGCACAAAUGGAGUUUCACCUGGAGACAGCCGUGGAUACCGGCUGUGACGGCCUCUAAGGUCCAGCUCUGCACACAUCCUCCAAAGCCUGUCAUCCCCUCUAAAAAGCCUUUUAAAGUAGAGCUGAUUGGUGGAAAGCGUUACUCAUGGUGCACCUGUGGAUACAGCAAGAAACAGCCUUUCUGCGACGGUUCCCACAAAACCAAAGCCCAAGGCCUGUCCCCGCUACGCUUUGUCCCAGAGAAAGACGCCACAGUUUGGUUGUGUGGUUGCAAAUACACAAACAACCCACCGUACUGUGACGGCACACACAAGCAGGACUUCAUCGUGUCUGCCCCACUACAUGAACCCACCGACUCUUGAAAAGGAAGGCAGAGGUCUUUAAACUGUGCACUGAUGUUGCUGUUGCAGCUGGAUUUUGUACACUGAUGUAUCGGAUGAAAGCAUGAUGUGUUUGAGUCAGUACAGAGAAGAGAGCGACCAUGAAAAGGUUAACAGCACAGCCCUCAGCUUCAUUUGUCCUUGCUUUCAGUCUUUUAUUUGAGACAAUGUUGCUUUGGUGUAACCGUGGAGAUUUUACCAAACCAUUUUUGUCUGGUUUUAUUAGGCCAUUGUGGGCAGUGUUACAAAUUAAUAAAGUCCAUAGAAAAUUAUGCUAAAGAUGAGAUGUAAUAGUAUCAUGGCUAAGACCUUGAUGAUGGAGAGGAUGAAAAACAAAUCAAAAAACAACAGAUGUUUUACAUUGUGUGUAAAGAUAUUUAAAAUUUGAUGCCAUAUAAAGUCAAUGAGGUGUGGUGUGAUCUAUCACACUAUCUUACCUUUUGACUUAGUAGUUGACUUAGAAGUAUUUAUGUUUUUGUUGAUGUAAAUUAAGAAAUAAACAGCUGCCAGUUGGAAUUACACAAUAGGUUGUGUACAAUAAUACUACCAAAUAAAUGCAAACUCAUAAAUCUCAAA